UGGUGGGUGUGGUGUGAGCGCUUGCUGUCAUUGGUCAGAAUUUUACGGCAGACGUAGGUGACAGGGAAGCGGUGACAUCCCGGGAAAACAUGGUGCUGCUGACUAUCCUGAAGAAGCUGAAGCAGAAGGAGCGGGAGGUCCGCCUUCUCAUGCUAGGUUUAGAUAAUGCUGGAAAGACUACAAUUCUGAAGAAGUUUAAUGGCGAAGAUAUAAACACAAUUUCCCCAACAUUGGGAUUCAAUAUCAAAACACUGGAGCACAGAGGAUUCAAGCUGAACAUGUGGGACGUUGGAGGACAGAAAUCUUUGAGAUCCUACUGGAGGAAUUACUUUGAGAGUACAGAUGGUUUGAUCUGGGUGGUUGACAGUGCAGACCGUGCACGUUUGCAGGAUUGUGCACAAGAACUCGCUGGGCUCUUACAGGAAGAGAGGUUAUCAGGAGCAACGUUGCUGGUAUUUGCCAAUAAACAAGAUUUGCCCGGUGCCUUAUCAAAAGAUGCCAUCCGUGAGGCACUGGAGCUGGCUAACAUUAAGACCCAUCACUGGUGUAUACAAGACUGUAGUGCAGUGACGGGAGAACACCUUCUGAUAGGGAUAGACUGGUUAUUGGAUGACAUCUCCAGCCGAAUCUUUACAGCUGACUGAGGAGAACUCCGUACAAGAAAGGGAGCAAGUGGUUAAAGAACAUGGCAGAACAGAGCAUAAGUCUUAUUUAUUUACUAUUUAUUCAGCUGAUUAAAAUCAUAACACGGCUCUGGCAUAACUACUUGAUAAGCAGGUAUUGUAAUGAGAAGGAAGUCAGAAGUGGUGCAUGUACUUCAAUAACACAAAAGCUUUAGGAGUCGGGUAAACCGUUCUAAAAUAACUUCUUAAAAUACAAGGUUGGUGAUGAAUAUCACUUGAGGUUUAA